AACUAGGGCAAACACUUUCCGGACUUGAACUAUCAAAUUAUUUCGUUUUCUUUUCUACAAAAUCAUUUCAAAUCCGCUGGAUGUAACUGAAGAAGACGAAGAAGAAGAAGAAGAAGAAGAAGAAGAGACAAACUCUACAAACCCUUGAUUUCUCUCCUUUUUUUUUCCAUUUUCCCCCUCAUUUUCCUUUUCAAUCGAUACUAAUUUCAACUCAAUCGGUUCACAUUUGAAUUUGAUAGAUUUUUGAUGGAUUAAAGGUGAUUUGAUGGAUGAUUAUGUGUUUGAUCGUCUGAUUUUGGAGGAAAAUUCGACUGGGGAGAUCAAAUUUUGAGUUCUAUGUGUCGAUUUGAGUUGCAUGUGGCGGAUUUACUAUGGUAACGAUGGCGGUUGUAGAUGGAAAUGAGGAACUAGGGAGGAAUGAGAGUUUGGGUGGGAAAGAUGGCGUGUCAUUGUUGUCUUCAAAUGAGAUUGCGGACCCUGUUGUUUACAAACUUGUCCGGGUGGAUGGAGAUGGGAGAAUAAUUUCUGCUACGGAUGAUGAUGUUAUGGAGGUUGAUGACUUUCUUGAAGAGGAUAAGAGUGAAUUGCUGCCUAUAGUUGUUGACACAAGACAGGCUAAAGAGUGUAUAUUAAAUGAAGCCGGGGUUCUCCCUGUGAGGAAUAAUUUACUGGGAUCCGAAGGAAUUUCCAACAAUGUUGAAGUGAAAUUGCAAGAGUUAAAAGCCCCGCUUGAGGAAACUGUUCCCCUAGUGUCGCAUGGAGUGAAUGACAAGAGUACUACUCAAGUGGGGGUCGAGAUGUGUAUGAAGCCUUCAGGAUUUUUGAAAAUUUGUGGACCUUCUUCUUUAGCUUCUGCCACAUGCAGCAGCUCGAUGCUACGAAUUUCUAACAAUGCUGACGUGAAAGUGCACAAGUUAAAGGCCUUGCUCGAGGAAAGUGCUCCCCUGGUGUCACAUGGAGUGAAUGACAAGUGUAAUACUCAAUUGGGGGUUGAGAUGUGUAUGAAGCCUGCAGGUUUUUUGAAAAUUUGUGGACCUUCUUCUUUAGCUUCUGUCACAUGCAGCAGCUCGAUGCUAGGAAUUUCCAACAGUGCUGAAGUAUUGCCAGCUAGUGAUCCUUCUUCGCAGGAUACUGUUCCCAUGGUGUCACAUGGAGUGAAUGACAAGUGUGCUACUCAAGCUGGGGUAGAGAUGUGUUUGAAGCCUACACGUUUUCUGAAAAUUUGUGGACCUUCUUCUUUAGCUUCUGUCACAUGCAGCAGCUCGAUGUUAGGAGUUCCCAACAAUGCCGAAGUGAAAGUGCAAAAGUUAAAGGCCGCGCUUGAGGAAACUGUUCCCCUAGUAUCACCUGGAGUGAAUGAGAAGUGUACUACUCAAGUACAGGGAGAGACAUGUUUGAAGCCUGCAGAUGCAUUGAGAAUCUCUGAAAAGCCUGCAGAUGCAUUGAGAAUCUCUGAAUCUUCUUCGUCAGCUUCCGCCAGUUGCAGCAGCUUGAUACCAGACUUUUCUAAGAUAAAAGGAGAAAUCUGCUUGGAUAAUUUAUCAGUAAAAGAACUUCAUGGAACUUUUAGGGCUACUUUUGGGCGAGAAACAACUGUCAAGGACAAGCUUUGGCUUAAGAGGCGGAUCGCCAUGGGAUUGACCAACUCGUGUGAUGUUGCAACUUCAACUUUUACCAUUAAAGACAAAACCUUGAUCAGAAGGAAGAAAAUUGAGGAAGGAGCCCCUUCCGAGAUAAAAUGCUCUAAGAGUGAAGAUCAAGUAGACGGAAUUUUUAAAGGUAGCCACAAAGAUUCACCGAUCACCCCUGCUAACAAAGUUGGAGAUGAGCAGGUAUCUGGCAAGAGACUGCGGAAAUCUGAUGCUGAAGAUGAAUAUAUUUGUGAAGAUCCUCAUAAUGAACAUUCCAAAAGAGUACGGAAACCUACCAAGAGAUAUAUUGAAGAACUUUCUAAAGAUGAUAAUAGCGAAUGCAGUGGGAAACCAGUGUCAUCUGUUAAAAGUUCUGGGAAUUGCCAGUCUGAUCCAAAGCCCCAGGUCAAACCUGUGCAAAGUGUUGGUUUGGACAGGCCAGUUGUCGUGACUCGGCAGGAAUCCUUUGGGGGAUCUGGAGUGCAAGUCCCAUAUGUUUCUAGGGUGCGAAGAGGGCGCCCCAGAGAAAAUUUUAUGCCUCUCAUGAAAUUCCAUCCUGGUAGCAUGGGCGUGGACGCAAAACUGAUCACAAAGACCCUUGACGAGUGUGUUUCUCAGCCAGAUAAUGAGAAUGGAGAUAAAGAUCUGAAGGCUAAAUUGGCACCUCAACAAAGUGAACAGCCGAUUGCUUCUGACCAAAAGAAAGAAGAGGAGGAAGAUAAGGAGAAUCAUAAUGAUGUGAAAACAUGCAUUAGUGUGGAACAGCAGGUGGAAACGAAAAAUCUAGACUUAGCUGAAGACAAUUCAGAUCACAAUGUAAGAAUUCAGUCUACCACUAAGGGUGAGCCCGUAAGGAAACAUCAUCGAGCUUGGACUCUCAGUGAGGUUACACAACUGGUUGAAGGCGUCGCAAAGUUUGGAGCUGGAAGGUGGUCUGAGAUCAAGAAACUUGGCUUCACAUCCUACUCUUACCGAACUUCUGUUGAUCUCAAGGAUAAGUGGAGGAACCUGCUAAGAGCCAGCUAUGCACAUCCUCCAGCUGUCAGAGAUAUGCUAAAUUCAAAGAAGCAAGCUUCUGCGGCCCUCCCUGCACACAUACUUUCACGUGUCAGAGAGCUUGCAGAGAAGUAUUCACAGGGACCACCACCCGAGCUAGGCCGAAAAGUAGGAAGCAUCAGAGGUCGGAAGCCAGGAGCUGGAGGAGGAAUAUUCGGCCGCAAAAUAGUAGGGGGAGUAAAAGUAAGCCACAAAGUAGGUAAGGUAGCAGGAGUUGUCUCUGCUGGUAGUCGACCUAUUGUAAAUGAAGCAAGGUCUGGUUUCUUGUAGCUAUAUAUGAAUGUUGCUAGAAACGUUAAGGUUUUAGAUACCGACACAAUAGUACCACUGUAUUUGCAGUUUGCCUGUUAUUUCAGAUUGAUGUUUGCUGAAUUGGUGUCCCUCUGUAGCAUCAAGUUGUAUAUGUUAGUGGUUUCUUUGAGCCUAAUUGCCAAAACUCAAGAAAACCAUCCCUAAUAGCAGGAAAAUUCGAAUU